UCGUAACAGCCAAGGCCAGUCGCGUCAGGUCGCUUCUCGCGUCUAUUUACGGGCUUUAGUCGCCAGAGCCCCUGCUGGUUUAUUUAAUUUAUAGCUGCUAACUUUUAUUUCAAAAGUUAUCAGUUUAUAUUUCGGUUUUCUUCGAGAAAGGGUGGAUUUUUUAAAAGUUUGCCGUGCCCGUGCAAUGUGCACGUCCUUUCCAAUGGUGCUCUCUUUUCCAAUUUUAAGGGUCGAAUACUGAGUAAAGGAUUUUGAUUGAUUGUACUAAUCUUAGGUGAAAGAUUUUUAACUUGAAUCUUUUGGAUAUGCAAGAAUUCUGCACAAAUAUUUCGGAAGAUUUCUCAUGACAAAUUGAUUUCUCAACUAUGCAGAUGCUUUUACUAGAUUCCUGAUAAGAAUCCCAAAUGAAGUAGUUUUACUUUGCAAGAAAAGUGAUUACUGAGGAAGACAUUCAUUCGGAAAUCUGUUCACGGAUACUUUUUGCACAAUGGCUGAAACACAGCGUCUACCUGUUUAUGGAAGAUAUCCAUCUUGUGCAAAUAAUUCUCGCCUUCAAGACAGGCAUAACCGGAGACAAGCUUUGAUAGCAGAAAGAAAUCGAAAAGCUGAAAAACCAGAGGAUUUUGUUUGCUAUGAGUCCAGUGAUGAUGAAGAUGAGAAUCCAUCAGAUGGUAAACAGUUUUUAAGGACAUCGUUUAAUUUCGUAGAUUAUGUGCGAUCAAGAGAAAUAGGUACGAAAGAAGUGCGUAAGAUCAAUCAAGAAUUUGGCUCGCGUCAUAUUUUAAGCCAUGACUUGUUCAAAGAAUAUUCAAUUAGUUUAAAUAAUAUGAACAAAGUAUUUUGUUCGCAAUGGUUAAGUGAAAGGCAAGUUGUGUUUGGUACCAAGUGUAAUAAACUCAUGGUGUAUGAUGUUGCUACACAAAAGUUAGAUCAAAUUCCAUCUCUUCAUGGAAGACAAAACCCUACUGCUGGACCAAAUGGAUUGGUAGAACAGCAGUGUGGUAUUCAUUCGGUUCAAAUAAACCCUUCAAGAACUCUUCUAGCAACUGGUGGAAGAAAUAGCACUGAAAUAGCAAUAUACAGAUUACCAACGUUAGAUCCUGUGUGUGUGGGUGAACAGGGCCACAGAGACUGGGUUUACGACAUGUGUUGGAUAGACGACGAAUUUUUAGUCUCUGGAUCCAAGGACACAAAAAUGUGCUUGUGGCAUAUAGACAAUGAAAUGUCAGAAGCUCCUGAAAAAGCCGAUAUCCCGUCACACAGAUUAAUUCAGCCUGUUACUUCCAAAGAAUGUAAAUCUGCACAAAAAGUACGAUCUCUGCUAUUUAAUAAAGCCUACAAGGAAAUUGCCGUUAUGUCAACAAAUAGUUACAUUCACAUUUGGUCUGCAGAAAGGUUUAGGCAAAAAAUGUCCCGAAAAUUGUCUCAGUGUCAAGAUAAUGUGUGCAUAGCUGUGCACAAUGAAGGACUCUACGCUAUAGGUGGACGCUCGUACACACUGCUUUUGGAUGCUAGAACUUUGCAAUCGAUCAAAAAAGUGCCCUCUAGGUACAGUGGAUGUUGUAUUAGGUCAGCGAGUUUCCAGGGUUCGGUUUUAACAAUAGGCACUGGUCUUGGAAUGUUGAUGUUUUAUGAUAUAAGGGCUCAAAAGUAUUUAGAGUCAUCCAUAAACUCAAACAGAACGGUGAUGUUGAAAGCUUCCAAAGGCUAUGUGUUUCCUGAUGAAGAUUACAUCGAUGGAUUUCAAAAUGCAAAAUAUACGCCAGCUAUCUACACACACUGUUAUGAUGCAUCAGGAACGCGGUUAUUUUGUGCCGGAGGUCCAUUACCUACAAAUCUCUAUGGAAAUUAUGCUGGACUGUGGCAAUGAGUGUAUGACUAUGCAUUACAUAGUUUCAAUUUUAUCAGCGUGUUUGUUAUCACGGUCUGUGAUGUGCAUUUAAGUAUCAGAUGACGUGAAAAAAGUCAAACAUCGCAAGAACACUAGUAGGAAAAUUUAAAAAAUUUGUAGGCAUUAAUUGUAUGGUAUGUAGUGUAUUGAUCACAAUAAGCCUAUAUUUAAUAAAUAAUUUAGUGUAGGUUAAUUUUCUACGAAAUUCAAGGAAUGAAUAAGGUCCGAAAAACUCGUGACUCGACAAUUUUCAUUUUUAUAUUGUGAUUUUUUUUUUUGUGACUUGAUAUAAAGUUUGUUUAUACGUAUUUUCAAUUGACUAAAAUUAUGACCACGCGAGUUUAGGCACUAGUUUAACUUUAUAAAUGGUAGGAUGAUGUUUGAAAAAAAAUAAUCAAUUUUAAUUCAUCCCUUGAAACACAAGCAUGCAGUGGUUAUUAUGUUUAUCUAUCACAAUUUAUAAAUAUAGAUUGGAAUUAUAAACACAUUGUUUAGCUCCUGAAAGAUAACACAUAGCAAUACAAUUGUGUUACUUUGAUUUUUGAUGAAUUUCAAUUGUAUUAUUAAUAAUAUAA